GCCUGCAGGUGUGGGAGGUCGGGUCCCUGCGGGUGCCGAGGGGAAUUUACUUCUCGUGACAACAGUUCAGUGAGCAGCUGGGCAAGUGUCGCGGGGGCGGGGGCACGUCCAGUCUCCCCGGUCUCGGUAAUUCCCUGCCCGCGUAGCUGGCAGCAGGUGCGGAACAGGACGGGACAGGCGCUGGACGUCGCUGUUCUCUGCUUGGGUCAAAGAGGGGGCAAGGUUAUUCUGUGGCUUAGAAAGUUGGCUGGAAGUACUGGAAGUUGCAGUACCACGGUGGCUUUCUAGAAGAUGACCAUAGAGGAUCUCCCAGAACCUUCUCAAGAAGAAGAUUCAUUGAUUGAAAGAUACCAGUUUUUAUUCCCAGGCUCUGAAACAUCAGUUACCUUUUCAGUUGCAGCAGCACCAAUGCCUUCAGACUGUGAGUUCUCCUUCUUCGAUCCUAAUGAUGCAGCAUGCCAAGAAAUUCUUUUCAAUCCUAAAACAUCAGUUUCUGAAUUGUUCGCCAUCUUACGGCAAUGGGUCCCACAGGUCCAGCAGAACAUCGAUAUCAUUGGAAAUGAGAUCAUUAAGAGAGGCUGCAGUGUGAAUGAUAGAGAUGGACUGACUGAUAUGACUCUCUUACAUUACACCUGCAAGUCAGGGGCUCAUGGUAUUGGUGAUGUUGAGACUGCUGCCAAAUUUGCCUCUCACCUUAUCGAUCUGGGUGCAGAUACCAGUUUGCGUAGUCGCUGGACAAAUAUGAAUGCUUUGCAUUAUGCUGCCUACUUUGAUGUUCCGGAACUUAUUAGAGUUAUUUUGAAAAAUGCAAAGCCCAAAGAUGUGGAUGCCACCUGCAGUGACUUUGAUUUUGGAACAGCUUUGCAUAUUGCUGCAUUUAAUUUGUGUACUGCAGCAGUGAAGUGUUUAUUGGAACAUGGAGCGAAUCCUGCCUUUAGGAAUGACAGAGGACAGAUUCCAGCAGAUGUAGUUCCUGAUCCAGUAGAUAUGCCAUUGGAGAUGGCAGAUGCUGCAGCAAGUGCAAAAGAAAUCAAGCAGAUGCUGUUGGAUGCAGUGCCUCUGUCAUGUGACAUCUCAAAGGCCAUGCUUCCAAACUAUGAUCAUGUCACUGGCAAGGCCAUGCUUCUGUCACUUGGCUUGAAACUGGGAGAUCGUGUUGUCAUCGCAGGACAGAAGGUUGGUACAUUAAGAUUUUGUGGCACAACAGAAUUUGCCAGUGGGCAGUGGGCUGGUGUAGAACUGGAUGAACCAGAAGGAAAGAAUGAUGGAAGUGUUGGAAAAGUCCAGUACUUCAAGUGUGCACCAAGAUGUGGUAUCUUUGCACCUCUUUCUAAAAUAAGUAAAGCUUCAGAUCACAAGAAGAAUUUUGUCAGAAGUCCUUCCACACGAUCUACUUUGGUCAAGUCCAAGAAAAUUGAUGUAACACACAUAACUUCAAAAGUGAAUACUGGCUUAGCUGCAUUAAAAAAAGACACUAGUUCUGAAUCCACCUUUCUGGCUACUGAAGAAGGAAUGAAAAUUAUGCCUGGUAAAGAAGGAUUGAAUAAUGCUUCUCCAUCUACAAGAAAAAACCCUUUUGAUGAAGGAGAAAUUCAGCUCGGAGACAAAGUGCUAGUGGUAGGGCAGAGAACUGGCACUGUUAGAUUCUAUGGGACAACAAAGUUUGCACCAGGCUUUUGGUGUGGCAUUGAACUGAACAAACCUCACGGCAAGAAUGAUGGUUCAGUUGGAGGGGUCCAGUACUUCAGUUGUCUCCCCAGAUAUGGCAUAUUUGCCCCACCAAGCAGAGUGCAGAGGUUAACAGGUUCCUUAGACUCCCUCACAGAAGUUUCAACAGGUAAAAUGAAUCAUUCUUUCCCAGGUUUUAGACGAAGUUUAAGUACAACUUCUGCAUCUUCACAGAAGGAGAUAAACAGGAGAAACUCCUUUGUCAAAUCUAGAAGCUCGAUGCUGCGGCGUAGUUGGAGCAACACCACUACAACUAACACUGAGGGACCUGUGAAACUACAUGAGGGUUCUCAGGUCCUUCUAACCAGCUCUAAUGAGAUGGGCACAAUUAGGUACAUUGGCCCUACUGACUUUGCACCAGGGAUAUGGGUUGGACUUGAACUCAGAAGUGCCAAGGGAAAGAAUGAUGGAUCUGUGGGUGACAAGCGCUACUUCACCUGUAAGACAAACCAUGGCGUCUUAGUUCGGCCUAGUAGAGUAACCUAUCGUGGGAUUAAUGGAGCAAAACUUGUGGACGAUAUUUGUUGAACCAGAAUGCUUACAACCUGUGCAUCAAGUGUGAGUGCAAUGAGAUAUAAGCAUUAAACCACACACAAUAAUCCCAACAUCAUCUGCACGGAAUGCUGACUGAAAUUUUAUCUAAAACUUGCUUUUUUUGGUAAUGUAUCUCUUCAGGCUCUAACAGUCUCAGAGUCAUAAUGAGGGGUGGAAAUCAUAUACCUCUCUCUCCUCUUUUAACACAGUCUCUCCCUGUGAGUUUCUUGUAAAAGCAUUCUGGGUUUGAUACUAUAUUAUUUGAAUAAUGUCCCACUCUGAGAAGGCCAGUAAGGCCAGUAUAUCUGAUGUUCUUUUAAGUUGCUUUGUGAUUCAGUGUAUUUGGAAGGUUUUCUUCCAUGUACUAAUGAACUGAUACAUCAUUCUCCUGCCUUUUCAUAACAAAGGAGAUUGUUAACUGAGUCACAUUAGUCUGUGCAGUAUUGGUCCCAGGAUAUUAGAGAUAAGGGUGAGUGCCAGAAUAUAUCUUUUAUUGGACCAACUUCUGUUGGUGAGGAAGACAAGUUUUUGAGUAUGCAGAACUCUUUUAUUCUUCUUCUUCCCAGACCUGAAGAAGAGUGCUGUGUAGCUGGAAAGCUUUUCUCUCACCAACAGAAGUUCGUCUAGGGAAGGAUAUUCCUCCUCCACCUUGUUUCUCACAUUAGUCUGUUUGCUAGACACUUUGUCCAUCUGUCUGUGAGCUAGUAGUAAUAAGCAGGAGACAUUUCUCUUUUUUUAUGAAUGAUAAAAUACUUAAUUGUUUCACAACUGAUUUUAAAAAAAACCCAUCCCAAAAAAAUGCACACAAGGCUAAUGGAAAAACUGUGAUUGGAAGAAUUUGCUGCUACCAUGCUAUGCCAGUGAACAGCAUGAAUGAAACAGAAAAAAGACUGUAAAAAGCACAACUACGCUGUUUCUGGUUUGCACUUUUCUCUGUGUGGAUUUGUAAAAAGACAGCAGCAUGCAAGAAGCACUUUUGAAAAUACAAUGCACUUUCAUCUCUCUUCUCUGGAGAGCUUUCCCCUGCUGUUUGAAGAAAUUCUUUUGUUUGCUGUUGCUGCAGGCUACAAUCAUCAUGUUUCAAGGCAUAUAGAUAGAACUUAGGUUCACCUCAUGUAGUACUUGCAUUACUAAUAUCUAUGUCCUUUUUAUGUACUGUCUGCAGGAAGUACUGUGCAGUAUAUGUAUAUUUUUAAAGCAAACAUUAUUCUGUUUUUACUUCCUUUGCAUUUUAUAUAUUUCUUCAUUGUCCUUCAGAGCAGUUUCUUCUUUGCUACAUUUGCCAUUUAUAAAAUUCAAAAAUUGCCUAUGAAUCUUUCUAGAUGUAACAUGGUAACACUUCUAUUUUGAUUAUUUGGCUGCAACAUGAUUUGUCUCAGCCUUUCUAAAUAAACUCUGUUUUUAGAAUUUGUUUCAUAUACAUCUUGAACAGCUAAAAUACAUAACAUGUCUAGCAUGUAUUAAUAUCUUUUAGUGCAAGUAUACAGGUUUCAAACAGUAAAAUGGUUUGACACUUCUGAAUGAGCUGUUUGUUGCAUUUCACUUAGGUGAGAAAUGUACAGUGCUUCAAAUGACAUUUGUAGUAUCCUAUUUUUAGACUGACUUUGUGCAGCUUAUACAAUGUAUUUUAAAUAUGGCUAUUUUUCCUGAACUAUUAAAAAAGGCUGCAUAUUGUAUUCUGAUCUAUGGAAGUUUUUAACUGAAGAUAAAAAUUGUAAAUGUACACAUUUUAUUAUAAACUGUCUAACUUAUAGCUUUGUAUUUGAAGUUAGCAAGGUUCUGAACGUCUGUAUGUCGAACAUCUGUUUCUUCCAUGUUUUAUAUCUAUAGGUAUCUUUUUUCCCUGUAAUUAACACAGUAUUCAUGGAUCUUUGAUUAAUUAACACCCAUUCUUUUAAAGAUCAUUUGCUUUUGGGGGAGUGUGUCACAAAAUGAUUGUCCUUUUUUUUCCUUACAAAUUAUGUAAAUAGGACAGAGAAAUGGCAACUCUAAUAUAUAAACAGGUUUUAUAUCUUGAUGCAGUUUAUCAUAGUUUAUCAUCUUGCUGUAUGGUAUAGAACUGCAAGCUGCCAAACAAAGUGUAUACAUCACUUAAA